UGCCGCUAAUGAACAGUAGCCGCUGGGCGUGAAGUGGAGAUAGGAGGACGCAGCGACGCGUCCGUUCCUCGCCUAGGAGCUCGUGGAGAAAGCAGGACGUCGCUCACGCUCGCGGAGGAGCGCAUGCAUGUGGAGACAGAGCGAUGCAGCCACCGCCGAGGAAGGUGAAGGAAAGCCAGCAGGUGAAGCAGGUGUUCUCAGAGCAACUGGGGAAACUGCACACCAAACAGCAGCUGGACACUGAACUGCUGGAAGAGAUGAGGUGUUUCAGUAAACAAAGAGCAGCUAUAGAGAAAGACUAUGGGCAGACUCUGCAACGCUUGGCUGCUCAGUACCAGAAGAGAGACUGGCAGAGAGGAAAGACUGAUGCAGUUACGUUUGGCAGCGUGUUCGGUAUUUGGCGGUCCGUUCUAGACGCCAGUGCUAAAAGUGCCGUAGCGCGAUUGGCCGCAGCAGAAGAGUACCGCUCGCUCCUCGGAGAAACGUCAAGGAACCUUCGCUGUGCAAAGGAAGUUCGAGCUAAGAGGGGCUUGGAGCUGCUCCAGAGGGUUCAGGCGGAGGUGGUGGAGGCGAUACGGGAGCUGAACCGGAUCAAGAAGAGGUACCACCAGCUGGGCCACAUCGCAGACACAGCCCGAGAGAAGGCCGCUGAGGCACAGGCCAGGGCCCGGAGGAGUGACCAUAGAAUCUUCCACUUCAGAACAGGACUACAGAAACUGAGCGCCAAGCUCAGUUCCAGGUUAAAAGAGUGUGACGACCGUUUGCAUGAAGUUCGGAAUGAAUACCUGCUCUCCCUGGCCGCUGUGAACGCUCACCUGCACCACUACUACACUGUUCAGCUGCCACACAUCAUGGAGCGUAUGGACGGGGACGUUUAUGACCAGCUGAGGGGCCAUUUCAACCUGCUCUGCAACACGGAGAUGAGCGUGUGCCUCGCCACACACACCGAGUACAGCCGAAUCCUGGACUCUGCCGCCAAGGUGACCAGCGAUCGCAGUGGUCAGCACAUUCUGCAGGAAGGGCUGUCCUCGGCGCCCCCCCGCGCCUGCCUUCAGCCGACCGUCAGCGACGGGGUAGGUAUUCCCAAGUCCCUCCCCGCCACCAACACCUCACAGGGGACAGGCAGGAAGGAAGACCCCCAUCGCCAUGUGGAUGGAGCACGCGGAGAGAGACCGGUAUGUACCCUCUCUCUUCCAGGUGAAUGGACUCAGGAGGUCUGUGCUCUGGGGGGGGAAAGCGGUCUGAACAAGGAGGCCAGGAAAUGGGCCAGCAAGGUGGCUAAAGACUACAAGAUCAUCAGCCACGGAACAAGGGCCCUGCAGAGCCUAGAGAGCAGGGUGCAGCUCUUACCGAAGGAGACGGGGCUCAGUGUGGAGCAGAGGAUGCUGGAGGUGGAGGAGACUAUCAGGAAGGCCAAGGUGAGCCGGGUGAGGGCGGAGGCGCGGCUGGCUCUGCUGGAGGAGCGCGGGGUGGGGGUGGAGCAGUGGCUGGGCCCCGCCCUCAGGCAGGCCCACGAGGAGCUGGAGGGGGAGAGGACGCUCAGCGAGCAGAGGCGCUCCACUGGGGGCGGCUCGGAGGAGGAGUUUGACCUGACAGACUUGGAGGACUUUGAAGAGGAAGACGGAGACAUCUUUGUGGAUCUGUCCUCUGCGUCUGUAGUCUGUCUGUACCCAGCAGCAUGCAGAGUGGUGUAUGACUACCAGGCUAGCCAGUCAGAUGAGCUGUCCAUCGUGGAAGGGGAGGAGCUCCAGGUGAUAGAAGAAGGUGACGUGGAGGACUGGCUGAAGGUGUGUAACUCGUGCGGUCAGGUGGGCUAUGUCCCGGAGCGCUACGUGCAGUUCCUGUGUCUGCCAGCAGAGGACUCUGUGCAGCUGGACUGUUCCUUCAGCUCCUGUUUCUCUAUCGGGAACAUCAGAAGUGGGCCUAGUUCAGGGAUGGCCAGAGCGUUGUACGCCUACCAGGCCCAGAGUGCAGAGGAGCUGUCCUUCCAGGAGGGGGCGCUGAUCCGCCUGCUGCGCUGUGGCCAGGCUGAGGUGGACGAUGGCUUCUGGGAGGGGGAGCUGGGCGGCCGGGUGGGCGUGUUCCCCUCCCUGGUGGUAGAGCUGCUGUCAGAGGACGGGGGGGAAGAGGACGAGGACGAGGACGAGGACGAGACUCCGCCCACCCCGCCCAGCUCUCCCCCGGGCCCCUCCUACUCCCCCCCGCCGCCGGGCCCUCCCCCCUCUCUGGCCCGGGCCGGCCCGUACCCCCACCCCCCCCGCGUCUCUACCCUGUCCAGGGGUCAGGGGGUCCGAACACACGCCCUCGAUGCAGAGCCCCAACGGACUACUCAUAGCCCCGCAGAAGCAGCAGGCGGUCCCCAUGCCUCUCCUGGGAGAUUCAGACCAUGUCGAGCGCCACCUCCACCUCCUACCCUGAGGGUAUCUCCACAGCCCUAACCAAAUUGAUUCACCUGCAUUCAGUCAAGACAACGGAGCCUCUUGGCAGUCGUUCACUGGCCGGGUCAACAUGUCUUGGGCCAGGAAUGACAUUAGGGUCUGUUUGACUGAGCUGUGACAGAUCCCAGCUCGGUCAACGUCUGAAUCUGAUACAGCCGACUCUCACACAGUAUUCUAAUGCAAAUGUGUAAUAUGUUUUAGUGAGUAUAAACUGGACACUAGAUGUGCCUGGAUGACCCACAAUACAUUUCGACAGGUGGACGAUAAGAGGCAUGUAGCCUUUCAGUUGAUCACAAACAGGGCGUCCAGUGUACAUAUAUAUCUUUUUGUAGACGAUAGAAAUUUGAAAUUGAUACCAAUAGACUAGACCAGCAACCUAAAUGAAGGGGUAGCUUGCAUAAUAAUCCUCCUUAUUGCAUAUAUAUCUACAUUACAGUAGCCUGCGAUGCGUAGCUUGAUGAAGAGAAAUAGCGUGUCAUAUACAGUACAUAUCAAAAAUAUAUAGUAUAUAAUAGUAGGCUAUGUCAGAAAGGGUACAGAAUUGUAGUAUGUAGUAGUAUAUUGUAAAGAAUAUUGCAGCAUUGAUUUCUCAUUACUUGUGUACUCAGUUCCAUGAAUACAGAAAACCCUGAUAAGAGAUGAUCUAGACCUGUGUAGAUCUCUGGGGCUAUAAAACCCUAACCACAGACGGUCUACUGAUCAUAUCCACAGAAGGUCAUCGUCAGACAAACACUGCUGCCGCCCAUCGCUAUCGGUCUGCUCUUUUGUUGCGCCAGGGCGUGGGAAGCUGACUCCAGUAGUGAGUUGAGUCUGUACCGGGACUGUUAAGGCAGACCCAUCAGGGACACUCAACAGCUUGUUCCGUCUGAGGUGGUUACCUCUGGGAAAAGAGCAUUUUAAAGUGAACACCUGCAGCUGUGUUGGGUUCCAUCAAGUGCUAGUCCCUGGACUAUGAUUGAGUUAAGACAAUUAGCUGUUCAAACCACUAGUCGGUGCACUUUGGUUGAGGAAAGACAAUAAGCUGUUCCAAUGUGUUUGAUCAGGGGAUUCAUCUCGAUGUUUAUGAAAUUAGUUGAAAUGAUGAAUUCUCAAGUUUGUGUUUGAGUUGUGUCUAAUUGUAGGUUGAAAGUUCUUGUUCCACUGGACAUUGACAUUUAAGGUAUUGUGACUGCAUUUUUUAACUCUAUAACCACCAAAACAUACGAACGCAUCAGCAAAAAAGGGAUGGGAUGCAAAUAUCAUGUCAACAUUCGAAUGUGAAAAUGUUUUGCGAGAGUGGAAUUAUGUCAUUCACCCACAAUGAUUUUGUUAAAUUAGAGAUUUGAGCAGGGGUUCUCAACCAGCGGGCUGCGGAGCCACAGAGCAUUGACCACAGGGCUGCAGAGAUUUAGAAAUGACUUACACAAAAUUCAAAUGAGAGGCUUUCACACCAGUCCCAACCCCACUUCUCUAUCAUGCUUAAGUCUUCAUGCAACUAUUGUUCAAUAAAUACUUGGGGUGUUUUUUGUGUAUCAAUGGGAAUAAAUGUGGCCAUUCAAAUGCUGAA